AUGUCGAGAUCGUUUACCGGCUGCACAAGAUGUAAAGCGCGGCGCCAAAAAUGUGACGAGAAACGACCUAUUUGUGGCCGCUGCCAGACCGCCGGCGUGCAGUGCAAGUAUGCCAUGCAGCUGCAGUGGGGAGGACGGGCAUUCUCGCGAUCGCGAUUUGGAGCAUGCGUGGACACAGGGAAUAUGCAACGGCUGGAAUACUCGCCUGGAGAAUUCAUCUAUACCACCAAGUCGGCGCAAGCUGGGUCAGAUCUUGCUCUGACACAACCCGUCGAUCCCUUCUCAUCCCUGUCGCAAGACCAAAAGUCUUUGCUACACCACUUCAUCAACGAUGCCUCGCAGAUCACAGCAUGCCAUUCCGGUAUGCAGCAGGAUAUAUGCCGGAUGAUCGUCCCUAUGGCCCUCCAGACCCCGUCACUCCUCUACGCCACCACCGCCCUCUCCGCAAUUCACAUACAGGCCCUACAUAACCAAUCCGAGAGCGUCAAAUCGGCGCCAGACAUUGCGCGUCUCAUGGCGCUGAGUUUGGAGCACUUCCGGAAUGAGCUGCAGCACCCGUCGUCCAAAGGUUCGGAGGCGCUGGUGGCAACAGCCCGAACGCUGUGCCUAGCUGAGAUCCACUCCGGUGCGAUCAACCCAAAUUCCUGGCGCGCUCAUAUAGAGGGUGCCCGAGCACUGAUGAAGGCGUCGGAUGCAUCUGGAGAAGACUCCAUUCGCUCUGCAAAUGGCUUUCGACGAUAUCUGGAUCGCUGGUACUGGUCGAUUGUGUCCCUCACCGCAUUAACGGGCAAUGGGCCUCCCAUUGGUGAUAUCUCGGUCUUUGCGCCAUCCAACGCUGCAGGUCAAAAGGAGUCGCCAGACUAUCUGGAUGACUACUGGGGCUUCACGGUCGAUUUGGCGGCCGUCUUUCGACAGAUCGGCGCUGCUGCCUGGCGAAACCACCAAGCCGAGAAAGAGGGGCAGGGCUUCGUCGAGGGGGAGAUUGAUAGCAGUGUCGAGCAUGAAGCGAAUACACUCGAGUCUUCCAUACGGCAUCUCAUGGACCGAGGCGCUAGUUCGCAGCCGUCACUCUACCCAGGCGUCGCAGACGGACUUUCUGCGGACAGCAUACAGCACCUCGCGCUUUGCAAUGAGGCCUUCCAACACAGUGCCUUGAUUCAAAUACACAAGCGACUUCGCAAAACGCCUACGACUUCCGCUAGUGUUCAACACUCCGUUCAGCGGAUUCUCGAGUGCACGGCUCAGAUUGGUCCCUCGGCUGGUCUCAGUCCCUGGGUGAUGCUUACAACUCCUCUGUUUAUCGCGGGCUGCGAAGCAUGUGGAGAGGAUCGUGACACGGUCCGAAGGCUACUGUCAUCGUUGCAUGAUACGAUCAGAGUGCCCAACGUUUUGCAGUCUCUCAAGUUCCUUGAACAGUACUGGGCUAAUAAGGCCAAUGAGGAUGAGGAUUGGAGCCACUUCCUUGAUCGCAUGCAAUUCGAUUUCAUACCCUACUAA